AUGCCGAUGAAAUGGAGCAGUUCCAACGACUCUCUGACCAAUAUCAAGCCAACCUUCCUGCACGGGCACCUGGUUGGGAACAAGAAACCCUUGUCCGAGCUGGUCACGGAAUAUGCCCAGGCAGAUGAGACCUAUGUGGUCAAAACAACAGCUCUUGCAGUGACGCAUUCCACAUAUCGUCCAAUCAAAGGUGAUGGUCAAUGCGGAUGGCGUGGUGCUGUCUUCGGAUAUUUCGAAAUACUGCUAGGCUCUGGAGAUCUUGGUCUUAUCACCCAGGAACAUGUUCGGCUGCAGAGCUUCGAGCAGACAAUGCGAGCCGUCGGCAUAGAUUACGAUAUUGUUAUCGACAUGUUCGAUUAUACCUGGGAAUUGUUUGAUGCUAUCAAGUCAGCCAUUGAACAUGGGAACAAGAACGAAGCUGUCCUCCUGGAAUGCAUGAACGACCAAGGAAGAUCAGAUUCCAUUGUCUAUCAUUUCAAGAUGAUGACUAGCGCAUUCAUGCGAAUCCAGUCAGACCGAUACGAAGCUUUCCUCGAGAUGCCAGUCGCCAGUUACUGCGAAAGCAGGAUUGACCCUGCCAAUCAGGAGAUUGAUCAUAUCGGCCUACAGGCGCUGACUGAUGCUGUCAUUGCACCGGCCUACAUCGGCCUUGAGGUCUCAUAUCUGGACCGGAGCAUUGGCGACGAAGUAACUCCGCAUCCUUUUGUCCUGGAUUCCCAGGGGUGGCCCACCAUCCGCCUGAUUUAUCGACCAGGACAUUACGAUAUCAUCUAUAAAGAUGAUGGACCCAUCCAAGUCUUAUUACAGACUGAGACCCCUCAAUACGUGAUGCCUUUCCAUAACGACGUCUUCAGAGGCGAUGAGGAUGCCCUGAACAUGCACUCAUUCAUGUUUCCAAAUGCCAACAUUGUGCCUUCGCAAACCUUGCCUGGAUCAGCGCCUUCUCCCAUGCACUCAUACCCCCAGGCUUUUCAGAAUCCUCAGCCUGCAAUAUUCGACGCACAAGCGACGACUAUGCAGAAUUCAUAUUUCCCUCCCGUGGCGCACAUGACCUCUCAGCAGCUGCCGCAGCCACAGCACCAAACUCCACCACUGCCUGUUCGGUCGCUGUCAAUGCCUCAUCUUAGCCACUCCUGCUCACUGGCUCCUUCACUUCCCGCGACUUCUCCCUCGACUCUAUCACCGUCAACGCCCACAGUGCUUACACCCGUUUCGGGCGGGCACAAUAUGCAUAAGCCACAUGAAUACCAGAUCAGAUACAACACGAAUUGCUAUCAGUACAAUGCCCAGCGUCAACAAAGUCUUCCUUUGGAUCCUGGUUCGUUUGGAAGUUCUGCCUCAAGUCCAGCUCACUUCGCGAAUGCCGACUUUCAACCUGAGUUAUGGAAUGCAGAAGAAGAGUACGGGAAACGAGAUUGA